GGCAAAAGCUUCAAAUACCUAGAAGUUCAUUAAUACGAGUACCUUCUUUUUACCUUCAGACCAACCUACAUAGAAUAAUUUUUUAUAUCAAAUUGUUAAUUUGUUACUUUCUUAGUAUUUACAUUUGAGUUAUGAGCUUCAGUUAUUAAUUGAGUAGAGAAACCGUCACCAGCAAGUUUAAUGACAUACACAAAUAUGCUCUCACGUCAACCUGCCUCAUCUCUUGGGAGAAUUGGCAGCAAUUCUUUAUUACUUCGCAGAUCGCCAUACUCGUCUCUCAGUCGAUCUGCACUAUCCUUCAAUUCUCUGCCUGGCCAAAAGUUUUCUACGGGCUCAAGAAGACCUCUCACAGCCCUCACAAACCAAACACAAUGGGGAAAGCUCCCUAUAACACGAAAUGUUCGAUUCGUAUCUGGUAAACCUUUGCCGCAACGACGGUCAAAAGCUUUGAACUUUCUAUAUCGAUCUGCGGCUUUGCUUGGAGGUUCACUGAUCGUUUUGGGAGUCGGCGUGGUUGGUUUCUUCGUGUAUGAUGCUACGACAUAUCGUGAGGAUUUGUCUUACUCGGAUAUCUCCAUCUCGGAGCUUGCUUUGUCUCCACGACUAGGAGGUCCUAAGAAUUUACCCAUUGCCGAAGUUCAGAUUGACGACGAUGAUUCCGAGGAAAUGCAAAAGCAAAAGGACAAGCCGAAAUUGGUCAUUCUUGGAGGUGGAUGGGGAAGCGUGGCGUUGUUGAAGACUUUGAAUCCAGACGACUAUCAUAUUACUUUGGUCUCGCCUACGAAUUAUUUCCUCUUUACUCCUAUGCUACCUUCGGCAACUGUAGGCACGUUGGAGUUUCGAUCUUUGGUGGAACCCAUUCGUCGGAUUAUCACAAGAGUUAAAGGGCACUUCAUAAGAGCUACGGCGGAAGACAUUGAGUUUUCGGAGAAGCUGGUAGAAUUGGCAGGGAAAAGUCCGGAUGGUAAAGAAGUUCGAUUUUAUCUACCGUAUGAUAAAUUAGUUAUUGGGGUUGGAUCCACGACAAAUCCUCACGGAGUAAAAGGAUUGGAAAAUUGUCAUUUCUUGAAGGAUAUCGAUGAUGCUCAGACGAUUCGAAAUUCUAUCUUGACCAAUUUGGAAUACGCAUGCCUCCCAACAACAUCUGAUGAGGAACGAAAGAGAUUGCUUUCUUUUGUUGUUAGUGGAGGUGGUCCUACUGGAGUAGAAUUUGCUGCCGAAUUAUUCGAUCUUCUAAAUGAAGAUCUCACAGCACACUUUCCUCGCAUUCUCAGAAAUGAGAUCUCCGUCCACGUUAUUCAGAGUAGAGGACACAUUCUCAAUACAUAUGAUGAAGCGGUAUCCAAAUACGCCGAGGAAAGAUUCGCUCGCGAUCAGGUAGACAUCCUUACCAAUUCUCGAGUCCAGGAGGUCAGACCAGAUAAAAUUCUCUUUACUCAAAAGGGAGAGAAUGGUGAAUCGAUUGUUAAGGAAUUGCCCAUGGGAUUCUGUCUUUGGUCUACAGGUGUUUCUCAAACCCGAUUUUGUCAAAGAAUCGCUGCCGCACUUGGCUCCUCUCAAACCAACCGUCAUGCUUUAGAGACCGAUACACAUCUCCGUCUGAAAGGUACACCACUAGGAGACGUGUAUGCCAUUGGCGACUGCGCAACGGUUCAAAACAACGUUGCUGAUCACUUGGUGACUUUCCUCCGAACGCUCGCGUGGGAAAAGGGACAAGACCCAGAAAAGGUCCAACUCACAUUCCGCGAUUGGCGAGACGUCGCGCAGAAAGUCCGCAAGAGAUUUCCUCAAGCGGCCGAUCAUCUCAAACGCGUUGAUAAGCUCUUCCAAGAAUUCGAUAAAGAUCAAUCCGGCACGCUCGACUUCGGUGAAUUGAGAGCACUCCUUAUGCAGAUCGAUAGUAAACUCACGUCGCUUCCUGCCACUGCCCAGAGAGCUCAUCAACAAGGUCAAUAUCUAGGGCACAAAUUCAACAAGAUUGCAAGAGCAGAACCGGGAAUGAGAGUUAACGACAUGCGUGAUGGAGAUUUGGACGAAGCUAUUUACAAAGCGUUUGAAUAUCAUCACUUGGGUAGCUUGGCUUACAUUGGCAACUCGGCCGUCUUUGAUCUCGGAGGGGGAUGGAGUUUCGCGGGAGGCCUUUGGGCGGUAUAUGCCUGGAGAAGCGUGUAUUUUGCGCAGAGUGUCAGCUUUAGAACCAGAUGUUUGUUGGCUAUGGAUUGGGCCAAGAGAACCCUUUUCGGAAGAGAUUUGAUGAAUUGGUAAAUUUCGCCUCGGCCUCCGACCUACCUAUGGGUCUACAUGGUGAGGGAGGAAUAGAAUUGGAUCGCAGGUGGUGGGUGGUGGAUUUGUAUUAUAGCAUAGGAUAGGAUAGCAUGGGUUUGAGGAUGGAUAAGAGAUUUUCUCCGCGCAGUACGGGUCCUGGUUUAGAUGGAAAUAUUUCAAAAGCGUUACGGAUAGGAAGAAUGGGAAAAUGGAGGAGAAAGACUUUAGAAUAAUUGAUGUUGAAUUUUUUUUUUCUUCUCUUCUCUUCUCCUCUUUUCUUUUCUUUUCUUUUGUGGAUUGAAUUGAAUUGAAUUGAAUUGAAUUGAGUGGGUGGAGUUUAUUCGUUUGUUUGUUUGUUUGCUUGCUUGUAGGUAAGUAGAUGGGUAAGGUGCUUGGGUAGUUGGUAGGUAGGUAGGUAUUCAGUUAUUAGAAAGAAAAAUAUUAGUCGCUCCUCUUCCUCGUUAUUAUUCGCUUAGAGGUACUUUUUAUAUUCUGUUUCUGUUUGGAGGGAUAUAUAUGUAUAUGUAUAUGUAUAUGUAUAUGGAUUAUGGGGUAGGUGAAUAGGUAGGUAGAUAGGUAUGCGAGUAUUCAU